AACACGUAAUGCGGGCACAGCUCCACUGAUUGAUCUGUGAAACGCCUAACUGCUUAACUCAUUGAUAUAGAGACUAUUCUUGCUCGGCUAUAUUACAGAAAUGCAGGGUUUGUACGCAUGAGCUCACAAAUGUGUCGUCACCUCACCCCGGCCGUAUAUCAGCCAUAAAUAAAAUAAAAGCGCUGCUGAACGCACCGCAACCUCAGUGUGCUAAACAAUCGCAAACAUGCAUUGCAUUUGGAAACUUGCCUUUGUCCUCUCCGUGCUUUUCCUUGUAGAAAAUAAUGCAAGCUCUAUAAGGACAGAAGAUGUCUCCACUAAAGAUGUUCCUGUGCCCAAAGAGGAUAAUAAUAUAGACGUCGGAUCGGAGAUUCCUGAGGUGCUGGAAGUAGACCCUGUAGCUGAUAAGAUAGAAGAGACUAACACUCUACAAUGUGCUGAAAUCGGAUCUUUCUGCAUCAACCACUCGGAAUGCUGCUCCAACGCCUGUCUGGGAUACAUGAGGCGAUGCGUCUCCGGCUCAGGAUAGCGUGGCUUCGUCAUUCAUUUAUUAAAAAUUUGAGAGAAAACACAUUUGCUUGCAGUAAUGGCACAAUCGCAGACAUGGAUUCUAAAAGCAAUGAAAACAGUAGUGGGACAGAGUCUUUGGGGUUAGACCUAACCCCAAAGAAAGCAGUUAUUCUUUUACUUGAUUUAAGUACAUAAGUCGUCUAUAGGAAGGAAGGAUUGUACUAAUAGCUUUAUCUAAUACACAAACAGAUGGGCUUCUUAGGUUUAACACAAAAGCAGUCGUCGUUCGGCGUGCAUUGCAAUCGUAUGAUGCGAUGUAAAUGUAUUUUCCCUCGAAUUUCUUAUUUUAUACAAAAUCUAUUUCUUAAUUUUACGAAUGGGGUGGAUUGGGUGGUUCAUGUGGCUCAAGUCUGGAGGGUUGGCGUUGAAGUGCUGGAUCUCCUUCAUCGCGUCUUCCGAGAUCUUCCAUAGCUCUGGAUAGUCUUUUUUGAAGUCCUCGUACCACUGGCUGACCUGUAAACAUUUUAUAAAUAAAACGUCAGUUAAGUA